AUGCCUAGCUCCACAGAACAACCAACAAGUAAGGUUCCUCCACCACCCCCCAAGGGUCCAAAGAUUACCGAAAUGACAGAUGAUACGAUCACUCAAAACACUAUCUUGGUCAAUUCCCAACAUACCAACAUGAGGUUGCUUUUCCUUUUGCAGAAAGCAGUUCAACAUCUUCAUGAUUUUGCCAUUGAAACAAGAUUGACUACUGAGGAAUGGGAAGUUGCUAUUCAAUUCCUUACUGAAACUGGUAAAAUGUGUUCCGAUAUCCGUCAAGAGUUUGUUUUGUUGUCUGAUGUCAUGGGCUUAUCAGUUUUGGUCGAUUCCAUUUCCCAUCCAAAACCACCCAAUGCAACCAUUGGUACAUUGUUGGGUCCAUUCCACACACAUGAUGCAAGCGAAAUGCAUCAAGGUGACUCCAUCUGCUCCGAAGGUAAAGGUGAACCAUUAUUGAUUGAAGGGUUAUUGACUUCUCCUGAUGGAGCUCCAAUUCCUGAUGCAUCCAUCGACCUUUGGCACUGUGAUGAAAAUGGGUUGUAUGAUACACAGUACCCAGGCAGGGAACGUCCAGACAUGAGAGGAAUUGUCAAGACCAACGAUGACGGAACCUUUGUCAUCAAAUGUACGAGACCAGUUCCAUAUGCUAUUCCUCACGAUGGGCCUGUCGGAAAAUUGUUGCAAAAGAUCAACAGACAUCCAUACAGACCAGCGCACAUCCACUUCAUCAUCCAAAAGGAAGGCUACGAUAGGUUGAUUACGGCAUUAUACGCAAAGGGCGACCCUUACGAAACCUCAGAUGCUGUGUUUGGUGUAAAGACACUGUUGUUAUAUACCUUAGAUAAAUUAGGUGCCGAAAAGGCAAAGAAGUAUGGCAUGAAUCCAGACGACUGGUACUUGAAAUGGCAUUUCAAGAUUAUCACAAACGAAGAAGCUAAAAAGUUGGUGUACCAGAAAAACAAGGAUGCUUUAACGAGAGCUUCUGCCAACUUGGUUCUUAAUGCAGAAGGAUUGCCAGAGCCUGCUCCAUUGGACUAA